AUGCAAGGCACCGAGUUCAAACCUCACACACACUCACCCACAGUCACUCACUGCGAUGUGUUGUGUUGCAGUAAUCUGCCAGCGAAGCCUGCAGAGGAGGCCCAGAAACACAGACAACAGUAUGAGGAGAUGGUGGCCCAGGCCAAGAAGAGAGGUGUGUAUUUAUAUGUAUUCAUCUGGAUCAUAUCUGGCCAUUUUAGAUGGAUAUUCCCUCACUCCCACUGCUCUUAGAAAUCCUCCUUUCUGUCAUGACAACUCAUAGUCAAAAGAAAUGGAAUGCGUUUCCAGCUUUUUAGUUUACACAGGCAGCCCAAUUCUGAUAUUUUGCCCAAUUACUGGGAAAAUUAGCUGAUCUGAUUUGUGGAAAGAAAUCUGAAUUGGGCUGCCUGUGUAAACGCAGCCUUGGAUACUUUUAUAAUAGCUGAUCAAUUUUGACUGCUCUCCAUCGUGAAAAAUGACUGGAAGGGUACCCACUAUACUGUUUCAACCAUGACAUCCUUACAGAUCAGUGGUCUUAGAAGGAUACUACAGUAUAUAAUGGUGACAUACAGUGCAUUCGGAAAGUAUUCAGACCCCUUGACUUUUUCCACAUUUUGUUACGUUACAGCCUUAUUCUGAAAUGUCUUAAAUAGUUUUUCCCCCUCAUCAAUCUACACACUACCCAAAAUGACAAAGCAAAAACUGGUUAUCACAUUUACAUAUGUAUUCAGACCUUUUACUCAGUACUUUAUUGAAGCGCCUUUGGCAGUGAUUACUGCCUCAAGUCUUCUUGGGUAUGACGCUACAAGCUUGGCACACCUGUGUUUGGGGAGUUUCUCCCAUUCUUCUCUGCAGACCCUCUCAAGCUCUGUCAGGUUGGAUGGGGAGCGUCGCUGCACAGCUAUUUUCAGGUCUCUCCAGAUGUGUUAGACUGGGCCACUCAAGGACAUUCAGAGACUUGCCCCGAAGCCACUCCUGCGUUGUCUUGGCUGUGUGCUUAGGGUCGUUGUCCUGUUGGAAGGUGAACCUUCGCCCCAGUCUGAGGUCCUGAGUGCUCUGGAGCAGGUUUUCAUCAAGGAUCUCCCUGUACUUUGCUCCAUUCAUCUUUCCCUUGAUCCUGACUAGUCUCCUGGUCCCUGCCUCUGAAAAACAUCCCCACAGCAUGAUGCUGCCACCACAAUGCUUCACCGUAGGGAUGGUGCCAGGGUUCCUCCAGACGUGAAGCUUGGCAUUCAGGCCAAUGAGUUCAGUCUUGGUUUCAUUGAGAGUCGUUUAGGUGCCUUUUGGCAAACUCCAAGCGGGCUGUCAUGUGCCUUUUGCUGAGGAGUGGCUUCCGUCUGGCCACUCUACCAUAAAUGCCUGAUUGGUGGAGUGCUGCAGAGAUGGUUGUCCUUCUGGAAGGUUCUCCCAUCUCCACAGAGGAACUCUGGAGCUCUGUCAGUGACCAUCGGAUUCUUGGUCACCUCCCUGACCAAUGCCCUUCUCCCCCAAUUGCUCAGUUUGGCCAGGCGGCCAGCUCUAGGAAGAGUCUUGGUGGUUUCCAAACUUCUUCCAUUUAAGAAUGAUGGAGGCCGUAGUGUUCUUGGGGACCUUCAAUGCUGCAGAAAUGUUUUGGUACCUUAACCAGAAAAUUUCUAAAAACCUGUUUUUGCUUUGUCAUUAUGGUGUAUUGUGUUUAGAUUGUUCAGGGGGAAAAAAAACUAUUUAAUCAAUUUUAGAAUAAGGCUGAAAUGUAACAUUUUUUGGAGAAGGGGUCUGAAUACUUUCCGAAUGCACUGUAAUACUUCAAAUGUAAUAAUAUAAUGCCAUUUAGUGGAUGUUUUUAUCGAAAGUCACUUACUGUCAUGCGUGCAAUUGUUUUUAAACAUAUGGAUGGUCCUGGGAAUCAGGCCAACUAUCCUGGCGUUGCAAGCACCACGCUGUACCAACUGAGCUACAGAGGACCACAUGUUUCUAUUAUAAUGUUGUCUAACACACUCUUUCCUCCCUCCCUCGUUCCCUCCCUCUGUAGAGCUCAAGGAGGCCCAGAAGAGGAGGAAGCAGCUGGAGGACAGGUGCAAGCUGGAGGAGAGCAUAGGCAACGCCGCCCUGACCUGGAACCAGGAGAUUCUGCCCAACUGGAGUGCCAUGUGCACAUCUCGGCGGGUCAGGGAGCUCUGGUGGCAGGGAGUGCCCCCAAGCGUCAGGGGCAAGGUCUGGAGCCUGGCGGUGGGCAACGAGCUCAACAUCACCCACGGUACUACACGUCCGCACACACACACCUCUCACUGUAGGCAUGAGAGAGACUGCACUGAAUUAUACACACCUCAUAUCACAUAUCACACCCGGGGUGCGUAUGUGGGAGGGAAAGAGAGAACUUAUAAUACUGUAUAUACCGGAGGUCUUAAUUUCAGCAUGUCAUUGAAAAACCACCCCCUCUGGUGGCCCAUUUUGGUUGUGACGGCCAAACCAAAUGGAAUCGUGUAUCAAUGUGACACGCGCAGUGGUCUUAUAAAUUGACAAUUUGUCUUGGUCUGUGUAAUUCAGUUACAACACCAAAGAUAGAUUGAAGAGGAAGAGGGAAGGUACACGGCUGAAUGCUCUCCUGAUACAAGAGAGAACGACCAGCAUCCCAAUUAGUUCACACUGACUCUGAUUCAACUGGACACACACGCAAAUACGUGCCCUUCACUUUCACUGGAAUCUUCAUAUUAAUACCUCCACACAGACUUGCAGUGUGUGUGUGUGUGUGUGUGUGUGUGCGCUCUCUCUCUUCUCUCUCUCACACAUUUGCACUACUGAGGUGAAAAUCUCUCAGAGGGACUUGCAGAUAAGCCCCCCUAACUCCUGAGGUGAGCUACACGGCACUAUAAUAACCAUACUAAUCAACCUAUAUCACUCCCUCUUAUGUAUACUCACAGGGAUUUUUCUGUUUUUUUUGAAAUACUUGGAGCGUUAUUUACGGUCGCCUAUGUCCAAACAGUGUUUUUGUAAUGAAUUUUCGGGAUGGAAAAACGUUUUCAGUGUAAACUUAAACGACUAAAACCUGAUUUAAAGUAUGUAGAAAACAUAAUGGACCUUAAUUGUUUUAUUAAUAUAUUAUUUGAGAACUAACAAUUACCAAAAUAGAAGGUAGACAAUCAGGGAGAAUUGACAAUUCCAAAAAUAAGGAAUUUAACAGUAUUGAUUUUUGUUAUGUUUGAGCAAAAGAACACAGCAUUAGUCAUGGCAAAAUGCAUAGAAUUGCAGGAAAUUAACUUUAAAACUGCAACAUUUUCUCUCGGCUCCAAGGCAAAAUAUGUAUAAUUGCAGGAAAUUAGCUUUAAAACUGCAAAAAUGUCUCUCGGCUCCAUGGAGGAAUGUGUAGAAUUGCAGGAAAUUGGACUUAAAAAUGCCAAACAUUUCUCUACACCGCCAAGAUGGGGGCCUCUAAAAUGUUCUCUGAAAUUCAGCUGCGCCGACCGCACCCAUUGCCACGCCCACCACUUUUUGAUCCAGAAAAAACCCCUGACUCAUAUGCCACUGCUUUUCUGAAUACCUAAACUAUUCCAUCUGUCUAUGAGCAGAGCUAAACCAAGAGCCAUUGAUCUACAUAUAUACCUCCAAUACAAUAUGAAUGCAUUCAUCUAUUGCUCUGGCAAAUAAUCAGAGGUGAAGUACAGAUUCAGCAACCCUCGGAGGACAAUGAAAGCUUAUUUAUUGUGUACAAGUAAAAACCAAGUUUUGACUCUUGGCCUUCACCAGAGUUCUACAGAUAGAAGAAAGAAUGAGGAUUUCAAUCGGAAGUGUCCAUCUGAGUUUCUCGCCGCUGUUCCACAGUCCCUUUAUCUACACAUGGUCAUGUGGGCGAGGCAUAGCUAGUGCUAGUUAGGGUUCAUAAUACAGAGACAAUAUUGGUCUGUAAAUGCUCUUGUUCUUCCAUAAAGAGCCGAAUACCAGUAUACCAGCUUUGCUAACGUCAUCACAAGGUGACUCAGGGUUGUGAAUGAGGCAUGGCCUGUGUCCCAAAUAGCACCCUAUUCCCUAUAUGGUGCCAUGGUCUAUUAUGUAGAAAUAUCUCAUUACACAGAUUCAAUUACUCCUCACUAGAGGGCAGCGCCAGGUCUAGGAGAAGGCCAGUAGAUAAGCACAGCACCAUUGAGACACUGAAUAGCUCUUUGGGAAUGUAUUCAGGCUUGAUGUGCUGCAGCAGAAGGCUUUUAGAUAGCAUUACUGUCAUUGGCGUAGUCCCGGUCUGUGAUUUACUCCAAUGUUAAUUGGCUCAAGGGCAGGUUUUAUUUUGUGUGUGUGCGUGCGUCUGUGUGUGCAUGCGUGCGUGGGCUUAUAUCUGUGUGUAUGUGUAAUAACAGGCCUAAAGUUGUGAUGUAUUCUAUUUGUCCACAGAGCUGUUUAACAUCUGUCUGGCCAGGGCAAGGGAGAAGUGGAAAUCUAUGCCUACUGCACCACCCACUGAACCAGAGGCUGAAGGUAGUGAUUGAUUGAUUGAUUGAUAUAUUAGGAUUUAUUGGGAGUAUAUAUUCUUCUUUCUCUUUUCAUCCUUUCAUUUCUUUAUCCCCUUCUUUUUCUGAAGUGCUAUUGGAAACGUUUGACCUGUCUUACAAGUGGUGGAGAAUUUCAAUCUGACUCACAUGGAUUCUAAAAUAGCCUGCAGAAUGUUACAGAACAUAAAGAAAUGUGUGAUUGUUGAAUGAUUCAAUGUGUUUCUAACAUGUUCUUCUAUCUUCCCUGUGUUUGUGCGUGUGUGUGUAGAUGCAGGUUUGUCUCUGGCGGACAGAGAGGCCAGUCUGGAGCUGAUUAAACUGGACAUCUCCAGAACCUUCCCACACCUCUGUAUCUUCCAACAGGUCAGUGGCAGAACAACAACCACAACUGUUUAUAAAAUAAUAUACUACUACUACUACUAAUAAUAAUAAUAAUAUAUGAACACUCUAGAUUAUCACUUUAUUCAGUAGAUAAAAUUAAAUGAAUUGGUCUGUGUGUGUAUGUGUUUGUUGUCGGAAUGUGUGUGUGCGUAUGUAGUGUAAGUGAAUGUGUGUGGGUUUUGUGGGAGUGUGUGUAUAUAUAGUAUUGUGAGUGUGCAUAUAGAGUCAGUGCACAUAGUCCGGGUGACCAUGAAUUAACUAUUUAGCUUGGGGGUAGAAGCUGUCUCGAAGCCUGUUGGUCCAAGAGCUGAUGCUCAUGUACUGUUUGCCAGACGGAAGCAGAUUGAACAGUCUAUGGGUUGGGUGGCUGGAGUCUUAGGCAAUUUUCUGUCCCUUUCUCUGACACCACCUGAUACAGAGGUCCUGGAUGGCAGGGAGCUCAGCUCCAGUGAUGUACUGGGCUGUCUGCAUCAUCCUCUGUAGUGCUUUGCGGUCAUGGGUGGUGCAUUUUCCAUACCAAGCGAUGAUGCAGCCAGUCAAGAUGCUCACAAUGGUGCAGCUGUAGAACUUUUUAAAGAUCUGAGUAGGGCUGUUGCGUUGACCGUAUUACCGCAACACACCGGCGGUCAAGAGUCAUGAAGGCAGUCAAAUUCCACGUGACCAUUUAGGCACGGUAAUUCGGCUUCUCCAAGCUCUGAUGCUGUUGGGCAUUAGUAGCCUACCAAACUUGCUAACUGCCUGGUACUCAGCACUCUAUUGUCCCUCUAAUCACUCUGACAUCAAUGCAAAUGUAAUCGAAAAUCUAAUCAAACACUUAAUGAGAGCCCAUGUGCUCAUGUUGCGCAACAUUUCAAUAGGCUAUGCAAUUGCGGCAGAAAACAGAGUGAUGGCCUCUACUAAAAAGAGGAGGAUCCCAUCAGCUUUCUAUAGGCUAGGCCUACUAUAUUUAUUUCUCAACUUUCCUAAUAUUAAGCAAAUAUUAAGCACAUUGCUUAUCUUUACAACAGGAGUAUAGCCUACCUGGCUGGCAUGAAAAUUAACCACAGGAAAAGCGUCCUCCAUUCGCUAUUUAAGUGCAGAGAUGACAUGUAUUUUUUUCCCCUGCCCCUGUUUCGAGACCGGUGCAUGAUAAUGGUCCAUUCUAAAUCAAAAUUACAUUCACACAUAUAUUAUUUAAUAUAUGUAAAGACAAGUUUAAGUUUAAGAAUAGUCUGAUGGGUUACAAUAUUAGCCUAUCACUUGUGAAUUAUAUAUUAUCACUUGUGAAUGAUGCCCAGCUUAAGGCAAGAAACAAUGCCUUUUUUUGGUGACUUUUUCGAAUCAUAGUCCCACACCUCAUGUAGCCUAGCCCAUAGGCCUAUAUGUUUUGAUAAGGUUUGUAUCACAACUAAAGUGGCCAAAUAACUUCUUAAAAUUAAGCACAUUAAUCCGCUUUACAACGGGUGUAGAGCCUAACUGGCAUACAAUACUGUAUGCAGUGCGUGACUUACAAGUUUGGGGAAGUUAAUUUUCACCAUAAAUAUGCACCUUUAUAAUAAAAGCAUUACACGCAUAAUCGCAUUUGUGGUCACUUUUGAUAAUGGUGUUUUCCCGCGAAUGGAACAUUCGUGUUUAUAGCCUACUGCCGUGUCCGCAUUGCUGCGCUUAUAAUGUGAAGAAAUAGCCUAAUAGUUUAUCAACAUGUUAAGCUAAACAUUCUGAUCUGUUGCAUCAGCCUCAUUGCGUAAAUAAUAUUUUUUUGAUACUAGUGGUUGUAUUAAUUUGGGAUCUAUCGCAUCCCACAACUGUCCCAGACUAUGUUUGGAAUAUUUAUUUCUCGUCACAGAAUAGGUCGAUUUUUGUACUAUGGGGGAUAGUAGAUUGAUAUAGGCUAGUGCUUUUGCUGUUCGUUAGGUCUACUCAUCUUGUUGGCUGACGAAAGUAAAUGUGGACAGUUCUUAAAAUAUCUUCAAUAUGCACCUCGGUAUUGGAUAAGGACGCGCGCCGUUGCAUCCCCGAUGUGUCUCUUCACUUGUAGCCUGUGAGAAAGACCCGAUCACGUGAUGGAGAGCGGUGUGAGUGAGAUGAGAGGUGCUACGGAGUCGGCAGCACUCAGGGAGAAGGGCUGCAAAAGGCAUGGAUUCUUUUAGGGUGCAUUAUGGCCACACAAAGGGGAUGCCGCCGGGAAAAUCAAGACAUUAUCAAGUGCUUCUCAAAUUGUGAAUGAGAGACUGACGAAGUGUGUACAGCCUGCGCAAAAAAGCAAAGCAGAGCUCAUGCCUUUUCAAGUGACUUUUUUCAAAUCAUCAUUAGUCGCAUCGUGCAGCCCUAUAAUGUAUUAAAAAUCUAAAUAUAUUGCCCAACGUUUGUAGAACAACUAAAGUUACAUUUAAUAACUCUAAAUUAAGCAUAUAGGAGUGAGUACCUAUUUCUUUGUUAACCGCACAACACAGAAUAGCCGCAUGUGUGCACUCCCUCAAAUCGUUUGGAGAAAUAUCCUUUCUAUUUUAUUCAGCUUUGUUCAGUAUUCUUCAUACUAUAAAAUAAUCUAAAAUAAUGCCACGGAAUUCUAAGCAAAUCUUGUCUGCUAAAUGAACUAGUGUAGCCCACAGCCAUAUGGCAUAGCCAGAUCAGGACCUAACAUAAGGACAACUCAGAGUAUGCUAUUCUGUUCAUCUGAAAUAGACUACAUUUUCUUCAUAUCAUGUUUCUUUAGACCUGUCUAAAAUAAAUAAUGGGUUUAUUGUGAAGGUGUAGGCUAUAUUACAUGGAUUUAUUAGACUUUUUAAAAUGUAGAUGUUCCAAAUGUCUGCAUCAGUGGCUUGUAGGCUAUGUUGUGGAAGCCAGGUGAUGCUAAAUGUGUUUAUGUUAAUUAACGGUCAAUUACUGGGAGACCGACAGUUAAUUGCUUGACAUUCACCGGCUGACGACAUUUCGUGACCGCCACAGCCUUAGAUCCGAGGGCCCAUGGCAAAUCUUUUCAGCCUCCUGAGUGGGAGGAGGCCCUGUCGUGCCCUCUUCACGACUGUGUGGGUGUGUGUGGACCAUGUUAAUUCCUUAGUGAUGUGGAUGCCAAGGAACUUCAAGCUUUCGAUCCGCUCCAGUACAGCCCUGUCGAUGUGGAUGGGGGAAUGCUCAGCCCUCUUUAUCCUGUCUUACUGAUCUUACUGACGUUGAGGGAGAGGUUGUUGUCAUGGCACCACACUGCCAAAUCUCUGACCUCCUCCCUGUAGGUUGUCUCAUCGCUGUCUGUGAUCAGGUCUACCGACGUUGUGUUGACAGCAAACUUGAUGGUGUUGGAGUCGUGCGUAGCCACACAGUUGUGGGUGAACAGGGAGUACGGGAGGGGACUAAGCACACACCCUUGAGGGGCCCCUGUGUUGAGGGUCAGUGUGGCGGAGGUGUUGUUGCCUACCCUCACCACCUGGAGCUGUCCCAUCAGGCGAGUCCAUGAUCCAGUUACAGAGGGAGGUGUUCAGUCCCAGGGUCCCCAGUUUAGUGAUGAGCUUGGAGGGGUCUAUGGUGUUGAACACUGAGCUGUAGUCUAUGAACAGCAUUCUCACAGUUAUUUCCCCUCUUGUCCGAGUGGGAGAGGGCAGUGUGAAGUUCAAUUGAAAUAGCAUUAUAUGUGGAUCUGUAUGCGAAUUGGGAUGGGUCCAGGUUGUCUGGGAUGAUGGUGUUGAUGUGUAUCAUGACCAGCCUUUCAAAGCGCUUCAUAAUUACAGAUGUGAGUGAUACAAGGUGAUCGUCAUUUAGACAGGUUACCUUGGAGCUCUUGGGAACAGGGACAAUGGUGGUCAGCUGGAAACAUGUUGGGAUUACAAAUUGGGACAAGGCGAGAUUGAAAAUGUCAGUGAAGACACCCUGGUAUUCCGUCUGUUUUUUUCCAAUGGUAAUUAGCAGAAGAAAAUAAUUUAAGGUGUUAAAAUUCCUGCUGUGUUUGGACAGGGAGGUCCAUACUACGACGUGCUGCACAGCAUCCUGGGAGCAUACACCUGCUAUAGGCCAGACGUUGGCUACGUAAGUACACACACACACUUUAUGAAUUCCUCAUUGGUCUACGUCUGUGCCUUUGUGUGAAUGCGAAGUGUCUCAGUAUUAAUGCCUUUCGUCAGAAGCAGAAGGGGCCCCUACACAAUAAGUGCUUUAUCAGAAACCAUUCCUUCGAUAUCAGUCCUAUGGUGUAAGGUCAUAGAAAAGCACUGUAUCUUAGGCUAUAAACGAAGUGGCUGUGAGUCAUACGUUAGCCUAGGGUUUUGUCCCAAAUGGUACCCUAUUCUCUAUAUACUGCACUACUUUUAACUAGAGCCCUAUGGGCCCUGGUCAAAAGUAGGGCACUAUAUAGGGUAUAGGUUGUCAUUUGGGACAAGCCUCUCUGCUCUAUGUAACAGCCAGUAUUUGUAGUGUCUGAGAGAGACGAGCAGCAGGCCUCCAUCGCUCCAACAAGAUGAGUCAUACCUUUCUGAUAUACAGUACCAGUCAAAAGUUUGGACACAUCUACUCAUUCAAGGGUUUUUCUUUAUUUUUACUAUUUUCUACAUUGUAGAAUAAUAGUGAAGACAUUAAAACUAUUAAAUAACACAUAUGGAAUCAUGUAGUAACCAAAAAAGUGUUAAACAAAUCAAAAUAUAUUUUAGAUUUUAGAUUCUUCAAAGUAGCCACCCUUUGCCUUGAUGACAGCUUUGCACACUCUUGGCAUUCUCUCAACCAGCUUCACCUGGAAUGCUUUUCCAACAGUCAGUUCCCAUAUAUGCUGAGCACUUGUUGGCUGCUUUUCCUUCACUCUGCCGUCCGACUCAACCCAAACCAUCUCAAUUGGGUUGAGGUCGGGGGAUUGUGGAGGCCAGGUCAUCUGAUGCAGCACUCAAUCACUCUCCUUCUUGGUAAAAUAGCCCUUACACAGCCUGGAGGUGUUGUGGGUCAUAGUCCUGUUCAAAAACAAAUGAUAGUCCCACUAAGCGCAAACCAGAUGGGAGGCGUAUCGCUGCAGAAUGCUGUGGUUAAGUGUGCCUUGAAUUCUAAAUAAGUCACCGACAGUGUCACCAGCAAAGCACCAUCACACCUCCUACUCCAUGCUUCAUGGUGAGAAACACACAUGCAGAGAUCAUCCGUUCACCUGUUCUGCGUCUCACAAAGACACGGCGGUUGGAACCAAAAAUCUCAAAUUUGGACUCAUCAGACCAAAGGACAGAUUUCCACUGGUCUAAUGUCCAUUGCUCGUGUUUCUUGGCCCAAGCAAGUCUCUUCUUAUUAUUGGUGUCCUUUAGUAGUGAUUUCAUUGCAAGAAUUUGACCACGAAGGCCUGAUUCACGCAGUCUCCUCUGAACAGUUGAUGUUGAGAUGUGUCUGUUACUUGAACUCUGUGAAGCAUUUAUUUGGGCUGCAAUUUCUGAGGCUGGUUACUCUAAUGAACUUAUCCUCUGCAGCAGAUGUAACUUUGGGUCUUCCUUCCUGUGGAGGUCCUCAUGAGAGCCAGUUUCAUCAUAGCGCUUGAUGGUUUUUGCGACUGCACUUGAAGAAACUUUCAAAGUUCUUGAAAUGUUCCGGAUUGACUGACAUUCAUGUCUUAAAGUAAUGAUGGACUGUCGUUUCUCUUUGCUUAUUUGAGCUGUUCUUGCCAUAAUAUGGACUUGGUAUUUUACCAAAUAGGGCUAUCUUCUGUACACCAACCCUACCUUGUCACAACACAACUGAUUGGCUCAAACGCAUUAAGAAGGAAAGAAAUUCCACAAAUUAACAUUUAACAAGGCACACCUGUUAAUUGAAAUUCAUUCCAGGUGAAUACCUCAUGAAGCUGGUUGAGCGAAUGCCAAGAGUGUGCAAAGCUGUCAUCAAGGCAAAGGGUGGCUACUUUGAAGAAUCUGAAAUAUAAAAUAUAUUUUGAUUUGUUUAACACUUUUUUGGUUACUACAUGAUUCCAUAUGUGUUAUUUCAUAGUUUUGAUGCCUUCACUAUUAUUCUACAAUGCAGAAAAUAGUAAAAAUAGAGAAAAUCCCUUGAAUGAGUAGGUGUGUCCUAACUUUUGACUGGUACUGUUUUUGCCCACCCCACCUGGCCCUUUCUCUCUGUGUAUGUUUAUGUGCUUACAUCUGUGUAUUCCAAUGCAGCACUGACCUAGCUGUUUCUAUCUCUUUUGGUUGCAUUCCUCAUCAUGCUCCUGGAACCUUCCACACAGUAGAACUAUCAGAUUACUAAGCCCACUUUUCAGCUCAUUUGUUAUUGCCUUUGAGUCUAAUGAAAUGAGUUGACAGUAUGUGGUAAACGCCUCUAGUCAGUAUACCCUGCUAGAGCUGUUUACUGUGGCUGCACCACACCACAGCCAUGCUGAGAAACAGCACACAGUGUGUUUACAGAGAAAUGGAUCUUGACUUCUGGAGGAGUAUUCUACAAAGCAAGAUCAAUGAGUUAGCCUCUGGCCUAAGUAUUCUGAAAUAACCUUGAAAUGGACAUGGUCUAAUUGACUCAACAACCAAAAACGCAUAUCUAUGUUUAGCUUUCUUAAUGAACCAGAAAUCAACAGUUAUUUCUGGUUGUUUAUGAAAGUUAACUGGCUAACAAAUUGAUCCUGCUUUGUACUAUACACCCCUGGACUGACCAUGUAUGUCAGGCCUUAGGAUACAUUGAAGGCCUUAGGAUAGAUGGAGAGUUCAGGUUAAGUGUUAUAGAAUCUCCUUUUCCCCUUUGCAUUAUGACUAGUCCUCAUAGUAAGGCUCCUAACACCACCCCACUACUAUAACCGUAAACGUCACUAACACACUGUAGCUCUGUGUUAAGCGUUCUGAGAUACAGUAGAUCAUCAUAGCUACAGCACUGUAGCGCUACUAACAUACACUUGUUCCUCCCUGGGGGUUCAGGUGCAGGGCAUGUCGUUCAUCGCGGCGGUGCUGAUCCUCAACCUGGACACAUCGGACGCCUUCAUAGCUUUCGCCAACCUGCUGAACAAGCCCUGUCAGAUGGCCUUCUUCAGAGUGGACCACAGCCUUGUGAGUAUAUUUUAGUCAGACACACACACACACACACACACACACACACACACACACACACACACACACACACACUCAGUUAGUUAGUAAGUUAAUUGGAUUUGGUGUUUGUGCUGGGCUGGAACAAAAGCCUGCACACCCUGUUGGCACUGAGUUACACAAUACACCACCGCAAUCAUAGCACUUGGUACCCUGUUCGCAACUGUAGCCAUGUCUUACUAUGUUAUUACAAAAUUUGUCUGUCGUAGCUCCUAGAUCAGGGCUAUGUGGUUUAUCUGACUCAGUUGUUUCUUCUUGCUUCUACCUCCUCAGAUGUUGACGUACUUUGCAGCAUUUGAAGUGUUCUUUGAAGAAAAUCUACCAAAGCUGUUUGUACAUUUCAAGGAAAUCAACUUGACCCCCGAUAUUUAUUUAAUUGACUGGUAAGUCAGACCUCAAUCUCUUUCUCCCUCUCUUUUUCUCUCUUAAUCCUUUUUCUCAUGUAAAAUAUGUGUAUAAUAUGUACUCUACCGUUCAAAAGUUUGGGGGCAAUAAGAAAUGUUCUAGUUUUCGAAAGAAAAGCAAUUUUUUUUGUCCAUUAAAAUAACAUCAAAUUGAUCAGAAAUACAGUAUAGACAUUGUUAAUGUUAAAAAUGGCUAUUGUAGCUGGAAACGGCUGAUUUCUAAUGGAAUAUCUACAUAGGCGUACAGAGGCCCAUUAUCAGCAACCAUCAGUCCUGUGUUCCAAUGGCACGUUGUGUUUGCUAAUCCAAGUUUAUCAUUUUAAAAGGCUAAUUGAUCAUUAGAAAACCCUUUUGCAAUUAUGUUAGCACAGCUGAAAACUGUUGUGCUGAUUAAAGAAGCAAUAAAACUGGCCUUCUUGAGACUAGUUGAGUAUCUGGGGAGCAUCAGCAAUUGUGUGUUCGAUUACAGGCUCAAAAUGGCCAGAGACAAAGAACUUUCUUCUGAAACUCGUUGCAAAGAAAAAGCCAUAUCUCAGACUGGACAAUAAAAAGAAAAGAUUAAGAUGGGCAGUCUGAGAUAUGGCUUUUUCUUUGCAACGAGUUUCAGUUGCAAAGUUGCAACGAGUUCAUCCCGGAGUCGCCUCUUCACUGUUGACGUUGAGACUGGUGUUUUGCGGGCGCUAUUUAAUGAAGCUGCCAGUUGAGGACCUGUGAGGCGCCGGUUUCUCAAACUAGACACUAAUGUAUUUGUCCUCUUGCUUAGUUGUGCACAGGGGCCUCCCACUCCUCUUUCUAUUCUGGUUAGAGCCAGUUUGCACUGUUCUGUGAAGGGAGUAGAACACAGCGUUGCACGAGAUCUUCAUUUCUCGCAUGGAAUAGCCUUCAUUUCUCAGAACAAGAAUAGACUGACUAGUUUCAGAAGAAAGUUAUUUGUUUCUGGCCAUCUUGAGCCUGUAAUCGAACCCACAAUUGCUGAUGCUGCAGAUACUCAACUAGUCUCAAGAAGGCCAGUUUUAUUGCUUCUUUAAUCAGCACAACAGUUUUCAGCUGUGCUAACAUAAUUGCAAAAGGGUUUUCUAAUGAUAAAUUAGCCUUUUUAAAAUGAUAAACUUGGAUUAGCAAAUGCAACGUGCCAUUGGAAAACACAGGACUGAUGGUUGCUGAUAAUGGGCCUAUGUAGAUAUUCCAUUAAUAAUCAGCCGUUUCCAGCUACAAUAGCCAUUUACAACAUUAGCAAUGUCUACACUGUAUUUCUGAUCAAUUUGAUGUUAUUUUAAUGGACCAAAAAAUUGCUUUUCUUUCGAAAACAAGGACAUUUCUAAGUGACCCCAAACUUUUGAACAGUAUUGUAUUUUUGAAAUAAGAUCGGCUACCAUUUACGAAUAUGAAAAAAUAUAUGAUUAAAAUAUUGACUCAUUUUGUAGUCACUUUUUUUUCUCUGUUAUUUUUGCCCUUCAGAAUGUGUUAUUGUGUACUGAGAAGACAGGAUGUGUGAGUGGGUUUACUGGUGGUCUCCUCUCCCAACCUGUGCUCUCGCCACACAGCUUCCUGUUUUCACGUCAGUUACUUAUACACUGAUUGAGAGAUGAGGGGAGGUGGAUGUCAAGAAAGCAGCCCUGCAGACCUGAAAUAUCAUAAGCUAUUGGACCAUGACACUAAAUCCCAUAAAACAAAAGUGUCCCAGGAAAAUACAUUUAAUCUAUAGAUAGUUUGGGAAUUUGCUGAUUUACAGAGCCGUAUCUGUUCAAAUGCCAUUGUCCUUAUCUGCAUUCUCUUUCUCAGACUCAUAGGACUGUGUGUGCUUGUGUGCUCAUUAGUGUAUGCUUGGUGUGUUUGCGUCCAUGUCUCCAUGGACUACUCCCGUCCGUGAAUGUGUUUGUGUGAAAAUAACGCCAGGUUAACGCCAGGUAUGGUCUCUUUGUACCUUUGUACCUCAAUGCUUCAAUAUGAAAGGUGUAUCCAAAUGAAGUAUGUCGCUCUCUCUCUCUUCUCUCUCACUCUUCUCUCUCUUUCAUCUAUCUAUCUAUAUAUAGGAUCUUCACCCUGUACAGUAAGUCGCUGCCGUUGGACCUGGCGUGUCGGGUGUGGGACGUGUUCUGUCGUGACGGUGACGAGUUCCUGUUCCGGGUGGCCCUGGGCAUCCUGCGCCUGUACGAAGACGUGUUGACCCGCAUGGACUUCAUCCACAACGCCCAGUUCCUCACCCGCCUGCCCGACCACAUCCCCCCCGAACAGCUCUUCUCACACAUCCACGCCGUCCACAUGACCAGCAAGAACAGGAAAUGGGCGCAGGUGAGAUGACACAAAUAGACAUCUGAUUUCCUCGAUUUUUGUUUUUAGGAGGGAUGUGCUAAGAAGCCCUCUGAGGCAGCUGACUUCAAAAUAGUAUCUUGAAAAUAUACAUUAUUUCAGGUGCGGCGCAACAGAGUUCGGAAGGUGGGGGAAAGGACACUUAUGUCAACUAUGGGUUUGUGCUUUGUUGGUUAGCAACACUGCCUAUGUACAGCAUUCUAAAGAAUGAGGCUUGAUGGAAUUUCCUGGAAACCCUUUCCUAUGUGAUUGAAUAAAUGAGAUUGCACCAUGCUUCUUCCUUUUGAGUAUGAUAUGAACUCAAUGCUCCCUGUUUAACAUGACUGAUGUUUCCUUGUUUCUCCUCUGGUGUCCUCAGGUUCUUCAGGCCUUACAGAAGGAGCAGGAGCGGAACAGUCCAAUCCUAAAGCACUGA